GAGAGAGUUAGAGAGAGAGACAGAGAGAGAGAGAGAGAGAGAGAGACAGGUGAGGUGUAAGAGUCCGCUCAUAAAGCUGUGACGUCACCAGCAGGACCAACAUGGAGUCCCGAGAGGAAUACAGCCACAGGUCAGAGUUCGGGAGGUCACCUCUGGCAGAUGUCACGACUACUUCUGAUACUGAGAUCUUCUGAUGCUACGAGUACUUCUGAUACUACGAGUACUUUAACUCCCACCGUGACUCCAGCUGAGGAUCCGAGAGAGGAAGAGGAGGAGGAAGAGGAAGAAGAGGAGGAUGAGGAGGAGGAGAAGGAAACGUCUGGAGAUGAGGAGGGUGAGCCGGAGGAGGCGGAGCUCCUCGCAGCAGCUGAUGAAGACCAGUGUGUAUCAGAGGAGAACCCUCCACCACCACUCGGAGCCCGACCAGCUCCUCCCAGCAGUCUGGCCUUGUCACGACCAAUGAAGAAGAGAAUCCUGGCGGCUCCGGCUCUCAGUCUGUCUCUGGGUCGCAGCGAGUCGGCAGUUUCGGAGGACUUCCCUUCUGGUUUCCUCUCGCCGUCGCCUGAAGACGACGAUGACACGGCGCUGGACUUCGACUUGGACGCCAUGGCAACGCCCUCCGACAGCGAAUCGCUGGCCUUCCCCGUCUACGACCUGGACCUGGAAGAUGACCUGCGGCGUCUCGGCGUGGCGUCCAGGCUCCGCCCAGAGUCCGGCCCCGGGUCCGGGUCCAGGUCCAGGUUUGACUCCCGGACCGCCUCUGGUUCUGGUUCUGUGUCGGGGGCGGAGCACAGCGAGCUGGGAGCUCUGGAGCGCGAGGACACCGUGGACGCUCAGGGCACCAGGUGGCGCCGUUUCUCCACGGGCGAGCCUCCGCAAGAGAGCCGCGUCGACAUGACUGUCCUGCAGCCGUUCCUCAAUGUGCUGUCACAUGGAGGUUACUACAGCGACGGCACGAAUGACAUCAUCGUGUUUUCUUCCUGUUACCUGCCGGAGAACAGUCUGGAAAACUACCAGUAUGUGAUGGACAACCUGUUCAGGUACGUGGUGGGAACUCUGGAUCUGAUGGUUGCAGAAAACUACGUGAUAGUUUAUUUUUGUGCCGGCGGCCAGAAAAACAAACUACCGGGAAUCAGCUGGCUGCGAGAAUGUUACACCACGAUCAACCGCAGGUUAAGAAAGAAUCUGAAAGGUUUCUUCGUGGUCCAUCCUACCUGGUACAUCAAAGCCCUCGCCACCAUCAUCAAACCCUUCAUCAGCUCCAAGUUCAGCAGGAAGCUCCAGUUCGUCGACAGCCUCCAGGAACUUUCUCGCUUCGUCCCCACUGAGCAUGUGCAGAUCCCCGAGUGUGUCACACAGUAUGACCAGAACCAGAACCGGACCAGGUGAACCCGAACUCAUCUGGAGCUCAUCUGGACCAAUUAACACAUCUGGAACCAAUUAACACCUGGAACCAAUUAAAACAUCUGGAACUCAUCUGGAACCAAUUAACACAUCUGGAACUCAUCAGGAACCAAUUAACACCUGGAACCAAUUAAAACAUCUGGAACUCAUCUGGAACCAAUUAACACAUGUGGCACUCAUCUGGAACCAAUUAAAACAUCUGAAACUCAUCUGGAACCAAUUAACACAUGUGGCACUCAUCUGGAACCAAUUAAAACAUCUGGAACUCAUCUGGAACUCAUCUGGAACCAAUUAACACAUCUGGAAUUCAUCUGAAAUCAAUUAACAUAUCUGGCACUCACCUGGAACCAAUUAACACACUGGAUCUCAUCUGGAACCAAUUAAAACAUCUGGAACUCACCUGGAACCAAUUAACACAUCUGUAUCUCAUCUGAUUAAAACAUCUGGAACUCACCUGGAACCAAUUAAAACAUCUGGAACUAACCUGGAACCAAUUAAUACAUCUGGAACUAAUCCGGAACCAAUUAAGACACUGGAUCUCAUCUGGAACCAAUUAACACAUCUGGAUCUCACCUGGAACCAAUUAACACAUCUGGAUCUCAUCUGGUACCAAUUAACACAUCUGGCACUCAUCUGGAACCAAUUAACACAUCUGGAUCUCAUCUGAUUAAAACAUCUGGAUCUCAUCUGGAACCAAUUAAAACAUCUGGAACUCAUCUGGAACCAAUUGACUCAUCUGGGACUCAUCUGGAACCAAUUAAAACAUCUGGAACUCAUCUGGAACCAAGAGAUCGAGUCACACUAAUUAUCAGUUUACUGUAAAUAUCGUGGCACAACUUACCAAAAUAAAAGUUAAUAUCUA